AUGGCAGACCAACAACUUGAACUGGCCAAACGAACGAGUACGAAAGGCAAAGUGCCCACUGGCUAUGCCGAUGAGAUAGUCAUUAGCGAAACGGCCUUCCGCAACGCACACCGAGCAGUCGAAGCCAACCACGAACCGCCGACUAAGAAGCGCAAGAGAGAAGGAAAGGGCGACAGCAGUGUUGUCUACGGCGCAAGCGCAUACAAGGGACCAUGGGCACGUUACGAGGUAGAAAGACCGGACGACAGCUCAGGCAGUGAAGAGGAGGUCGAGGUCGAAUAUGAAGAGGACGACAUUGCGCCGCAACCCGCCGCUCCGUCAAAGGCUGGCACCGCCUACAUAGAGUCGGACGGCUCCAGAGAGACGACUGAGUUCCACGGAAGCCAGCAGUACGACUACCAGGGCAGGACAUAUAUGCAUGUGCCACAGGAUCUGGAUGUCGAUCUACGAGGCGACUUGCCCGACGACUACAAGAAUUAUGCGCCCAAGAAGUUGCUACAUACCUGGAAGUCACACACGAAAGCCAUCACCCAAUUGCGCUUCUUUCCCGACGCUGGCCAUCUGCUCCUCUCAGCUUCUGCGGAUAGUAAGGUCAAGAUUUGGGACGUCUACCACCAACGCGAACUGUUGCGCACCUACUCUGGCCACACAAAGUCCGUGUCGGACGUCUGCUUCAACUACGAUGGUUCUCGCUUCAUGACAGGCUCUUUCGACAGACAGAUGAAGCUCUGGGACACAGAGACGGGCCAAUGUAUCAGUCGCUUCAGCACUGGCGCAACACCUCACGUCGUUCGCUUCCAACCAGAUCAAAGUACAGCCACCGAGUUUUUGGCUGGUAUGUCCGACAAGAAGAUUGUACAGUUCGACACGAGAAAGCCUGCAGAGUCACCGGUGCAAGAGUACGACCAUCACUUGGGGCCCGUCAACACAAUCACCUUCUGCGAUGAAAACCGCCGCUUCAUGACGACGUCCGACGACAAGAGUCUACGUGCUUGGGAAUAUGGCAUUCCUGUCCCAAUCAAGUUUGUUGCCGAACCAUACAUGUUCCCUAUGGUUCGCUCAAGUUCGCAUCCCUCGGGCAAGUAUGUGGCCUUCCAGAGCUCCGACAACCAAAUCGUCGUGUACGCCUCGACGGAAAGAUUCCGACAGAACCGAAAGAAGAGUUAUCGUGGACACAACAACGCUGGUUAUGCCAUCGAUGUGGCCAUCAGUCCUGAUGGAGGCAUGGUCAUGUCGGGAGAUAGCGGUGGUUACGUGUGUUUCUAUGAUUGGAAGACGUGCAAGAUGUGGCACAAGAUCAAGGCUAGUGAGUCUGCUGUUGUUGCUGCGCAGUGGCAGCCCAAGGAGACGUCCAAGGUUGUCACAGGUGCCUUGGAUGGAUUGAUCAAGUACUGGGAUUAG